AUGCUUCCCGCUAGACCUUUUGGAGGCCUCCUUCCUAUUGAAGAAGCCAUGCGAGAGCAAAACCAACUGGCGCCCGUCUGGCAGUUGAACACCGGCUCCGGCAAUACAUCCACUCGGCUCUCUCAGACCAACUCAACUCCUCUAGGCAACAGGUCUUCUGUGACGAGCAGUUUACUGAGUAGAACCAGCCAAUUUGCAAGCUCCAGCGAAGGCAGCAGCAACCUGAACCUGGCCUCCUCUACCCGACCCUCUGGUGCCAACUCUUCGGUCACGGAACCACGAGACAUCGAUCGUACCCUUGGCCCAGCAUUUAGAAAUGCUGAUGGUAGUCAAGCUGACGCUGAACUGUUGUCCUCGGCCCAAGUGGUACUUCGAGACGGCGUCAAAACUGGCAGUCAUGACAACUUGCCGACUGUCUCCACCUCUUUGACCACUUUCACGUUUUCCACGGCCAAGACCACUUCCAGCCCAACUCUU